AUGCAUGAAGACGACAAGGCAAAGACCUCUUUCAUCAUCGAAAGAGGUACCUACUGCUACAAGGUCAUGCCCUUUUGGGCUGAAGAACGCCGGGCAACCUACCAAAGGCUGGUGAAUAAAAUUUUCAAGGAGCAAAUCGGCAAGACUAUGGAGGUCUACGUAGACGACAUGCUAGUCAAAGCUCCCGAGCGAGCAGACCACAUCGAGAAUCUUGCCGAGGCAUUCAGCCUACUCCGAAAAUACAACAUGAAGUUGAACCCGAGCAAAUGCACAUUUGGAGUCUCGUCCGGCCGAUUCCUUGGAUACUUAGUCACCCAAAGAGGAAUUGAGGCACAUCCAAAUCAAAUCAAGGCUAUACUCAACAUGAAGUCACCUGCCACAACAAAGGAGAUACAAAGUCUAACGGGUAGGCGCGGCCCUCAACCGAUUCCUCUCUAG